GAAUUGGAAAAUGAAUCGAGAGACAUCUCGCAAGUCUGUGUCUAUCCAAUUGCACUAAUUCACAGUGCAAUUUCAGUUGCUAUUUCAGCUCUCUCUCAAUCGGAAAAUUCUUUGUCCGGCGGUAGGUAUGUCGCAGCCAUCGCGUCCCAAGACUCCCGAUGAUCAGACGUUGAUGUAUAUUCGUGUAAAGCGAAACAAGUCAACUUACUUUCUGCAAUGUUUACCAAGCGAGACGAUUCAACAAAUUAAGGAGAAGUUGCAACAACUCAUUGAUCAGCCAGCCGCUGAUCAACGCCUGAUAUUAAUGCCAAAUCAAGAAGUAUUAGAUAAUUUGAAGUCACUUGCAGAGCAAAAGGUUGAAAAUGAUGCUGUUGUAGCUCUCACCCUGAGAAAAGAUGAUGAUGAAUUCGAAGACGUAAACAUCGAAAGGCCAAAUGAUUUUCACCAGCCUCGCGAGGCUGAUGGAGGCUUCUAAGUGUCGUGAGAACACACCUGCACCCCGUGUUGUGUGUGGACUGGAAUUAAUGUCGACAGCGGAGGAGCUCGACUGAUUCUUUUACAUUGUAUGCUGCUUUUAACCUCUUUUUACUCUACAGCAUGUCUGUCUGUCUGUUUGUCUGUUGUUACACUUGGUUCUUCGAUGGCAUUGUGAAUGAGAUCGAUGUUUUUUUCUUUCUUUUCUCAUGUCAAUGUAUUUGAAUUUUAUUCA